UGCGCCUCGUCUCGCCGCUCCUCUCUAUGGUCGGAAGCGCGGCGCGGGCGGGUUCCGGGCGGUUAAUGGCGGACGGCGCUCCCGCCGCCCUGCUGCCCGCGCUGCCCUCGCCGCCAUGUCGGUGGUGCCGCCCAACCGCUCGCAGACCGGCUGGCCCCGCGGGGUCAACCAGUUCGGCAACAAGUACAUCCAGCAGACCAAGCCGCUGACCCUCGAGAGGACCAUCAACCUAUAUCCUCUUACCAACUACACCUUUGGUACAAAGGAGCCCCUUUAUGAGAAGGACAGUUCAGUGGCAGCUCGCUUUCAACGCAUGAGAGAAGAAUUUGACAAAAUCGGCAUGAGGCGGACAGUGGAAGGGGUUCUGAUCGUACACGAGCAUAGACUGCCCCACGUGUUGUUACUGCAGCUGGGGACGACUUUUUUCAAGCUACCUGGUGGUGAACUCAAUCCAGGAGAAGAUGAGGUAGAGGGGCUCAAACGCUUAAUGACAGAGAUACUGGGCCGUCAGGAUGGUGUUCAGCAAGACUGGGUGAUCGAUGACUGCAUUGGCAACUGGUGGAGACCGAACUUCGAACCUCCGCAGUAUCCCUAUAUCCCAGCUCAUAUUACAAAACCAAAAGAGCACAAAAAGCUUUUCUUGGUCCAGCUUCAAGAAAAAGCUUUGUUUGCAGUCCCCAAAAAUUACAAGCUGGUUGCUGCACCGUUGUUUGAGCUCUAUGACAAUGCACCGGGAUAUGGACCUAUUAUUUCCAGCCUUCCUCAACUUUUGAGCAGGUUCAACUUUAUCUACAACUGAGCUCCCACAUACCUGAAGAGUCUGAUAGAAGAAGCCGUCUCUGUGAGCACAGCUUUAAAAUGUAGAGAAAAGAAUGUGUGUGACAAGGAUUUUUUUAUGUUGUUCUUUACCUGAAGUCCACUGAACUUUCUAUUGUAUGAAUAGAGAAGUGAAUCUCAACUGUUUGAGUAGUGGGAUGGCAAUGUGAUAGAUAUCAGUGUUUUAAUCACCUUUCAUUGUAAUACUCACCAUUUUUUUUGUACACCAUUAAACAAAAUGGGUCUGA